UGCUAGAAGAGUGAAGCCAGAGAGAGCUUCACAGUAAACUUGAUCAUCCGCCGCUUCGGAACGCAUGGGGCUCACUGGGCAAUUUUUACUUUUCCUAUACCCCCUCUUCUAAGGAAAAAAAGUUUAUACUUUCUUUUUGACGCUCAAUUCACCGAGUUUGCUCGUUGACGUUUUCCGGAACAUUUCCUCUUCCAUGGAACUCCUGAAUUAAGGUUUUGAAGACAAAUUUUGACACCUUAAAAAUGUCUGGAAAAUCACCUCCGGACGACCAGCCAUCAAAGGCCGAUGAACCAUCUCGCAAAGUUUCAGCAGCAGCUAUAGAAAAAAUUGACAAUGCUAUAUCCAAUGUUGUGUCCACAUUGGCUAAAAAUGAAAGUCCAUCCGCAAGCGAAAAGGACAAGAAGAAAGCUUUGUGGACUGGCGGAACCUGUGACGAUGGAUACAGUUCCUAUACAAGCACUCCUAAAUCAGUGGACCACAAAAGCUGUGGCGAAGGCCACCAUGAUAAAACGUCCCAACUGCCCGACGGUGCUCUCAUCAUCGCUUUGUCCCAGGACCCGGUCACCGGAGGAAGUGACAAUCCAGAGGAAAGACCGACCUGGAGCAAGAAAGCCGAUUUCCUCCUUUCCAUUAUCGGAUUUGCUGUUGAUUUAGCUAACGUGUGGAGGUUCCCUUACCUCUGUUACCGCAAUGGAGGGGGUGUGUUCUUGAUUCCUUACCUGUUAAUGUUAGUCUUCGGAGCUAUGCCCUUAUUUUAUAUGGAGUUGGUACUCGGACAGUACCAUAGACAAGGUCCAAUUAGUGUCUGGAAGUUUUGUCCAUUGUUUAAAGGUGUUGGCUAUUGUUGCGUAUUAGUCUCCUGGUACGUGUCCUUCUACUAUAAUGUUAUCAUAGCCUGGACGUUGUACUACAUGUUCAUCUCCUUUUCUUCUGAAUUACCCUGGAUUCGAUGCAACAACCCAUGGAACACGGAACGAUGCUGGGAAAGUAGAAACAGCAGCGGUUAUAUUAUUGAUGCGGCGACAGUCUUCAAUAAUUCAGCUUUUCGAGCUAACAGGACUUCACCAGCGCUGGAAUUUUUUGAUCGUGCAGUCUUGGAAAUUCACCAGAGUAACGGUAUGGGGGACUUGGGGUCCCCCAAAUGGCAGCUCGUCGUCUGUGUUUUGGUCGCCUUUGUUAUCCUCUACAUUGCACUCUUCAGAGGAGUCAAGUCACUUGGAAAGGUUGUAUGGUUUACGGCUAUUGCCCCGUACGUGAUCCUAACAAUAUUGCUCAUACGAGGUCUGCUACUUCCUGGAGCUGUCCAAGGUGUUCAGUAUUAUCUCCGCCCAGAUUUACACAAGCUUCUGGAUACGCAGGUAUGGGUUGAUGCGGCUGUACAAGUAUUUUACUCUGUCGGUGUUGGAUUUGGUGUGCAUUUGACUUAUGCAUCCUACAACAACUUCCAUAACAACUGUUACAGGGAUUGUUUGUUCACAGUGGCUGUAAAUAGUUUCACUAGCUUCUACAGUGGUUUCGUGAUCUUUGCCUACCUGGGCUAUAUGGCUAAUAAGGAAAGUUUACCUAUAUCUGAGGUUGCCACUGAAGGACAUGGACUCGUAUUCCAAGUAUAUCCCGAAGCGAUUGCAACGCUGCCAGGUGGACCAUUUUGGGCAGUUCUCUUCUUCACGAUGCUUCUUACUCUUGGUCUGGACAGUGCUAUGGGAGGAUUAGAAUCUGUCAUUACGGGAAUUUUAGAUGAAUGCAGUAUUUAUUUUACCAAAGUGAAAAUGAAUCGGGAAAUAUUCACUGCCAUUGUUUUGUCGUCUUCUUUCUGCGUGUCUUUGGUAAACGUUACCAGGGGCGGUGGAUAUAUGAUGUAUUGGUUUGAUACGUAUUCGGCUGGAAUCUCUUUGUUGUGCGCCGCGCUCUUUGAAGCGAUUGGAGUGGCUUGGAUAUACGGAUUGGACAGGUUUUGCGACAACAUAAAUGAAAUGAUGAGUUUCACGCCUGGACUCUUUUGGAGGCUCUGCUGGAAAAUUAUUAGUCCAUUUUUCUUAGUUGCUGUAAUUGUAUCCGCAAUUAUAAGCAACUCAACUCUUCAAUAUCAGGACUACGUUUAUCCAUCUUGGGCUGUGGGUUUGGGUUGGGGAUUCGCCCUUUCAUCAGUUGCAAUGGUUCCAAUCGUGGCUGUAUACAAACUUUCAAGAUCACCAGGAAACACCUGCUCGGAGAAAUUAGCAUAUACAAUUACUCCUGAGGAAGAAAGAGAUGUCUUGCAAGACGGCGACGUAAAACGUUUCCACUGGAAACAUUGGGUUUACGUGUGAUUCCACUAAAAGAAGAAUACUGAGGAAGAGGAACUGCUUCCAUAUAAAAGGCAAUGGAAGCAACUUCUUCAGAUGCAAGGUUAAGAGGAACAAAAUGGCUUCCGCUUAAUGAAGAACAAUACGAUACUUUCUUUAAAGACUAUAACUGGAAUACAUGACUAAUUAUAUAUCUUAAACUUCACUGUGGAAUUCUGUGGCUAUUUAUGGAAAUUUACUAUCGUGCACAGGAUGUUCUCCUCAAAAGACCUUUUUGACAUUCUUCAAAGGGCACUUGGGAUAACUUUUUAUAUAAAAGUUCAUGCAUGAUGGGGAAAUAUUAUUUCUCCUAAGUGUCAAUAGUAAGGUAACAAAUUUCUUCAGCCGAUUUAGAAAAGAAUUUUGUUAAGUAACAUGUGUGUACGCAAUCCAAUUUAAAAUAUGAUGUGUCUGAUCAGCUAAUGUCGCUUUUAUACUUGAAAUAUCAUUUACAAUCUUACCAAUGGUUUUAAUAUUCCGUUCGUUUCAUCGGCAAUUUUUACUUGAAUAUUGAGACAAAAAACAAACUGUGAAAUAUUUCACUUCAAGUGACAUUCGAUAUUAGAAACUGCAUUUUCAAAAUACGAUGAUGCAUUCCACUUCUACUCAUUUUACGUUUCAUCUAGUUAGCAAGAGUUAAUUCGUUUAUAAGGAGUAAGAUACGUAAAUUUUCUUUAUUCUUUUUAAAAAAAUUCACCGGUUGAAAAUCUAUGGUAAGCAAACACCUCGAAUUACAAUCGCAACCGAUGAUUUCCUAUAUAAAUUUAACAAUUUACCUUCCAAUUGCGGUGAUCAGAUUUAUAAAACAUGCUAAAUGGUAAGUCUACACUACAUAGAGGAAUACAUUUGUUAGAAAAAUGAUUAAUUCCGCAAUUCAUCUCACUAUACUUUGAAAAGUUGCAAAAAAUCAUCCUUAAUCUAAAAUAAACUUCAUUAUUUUAUUAUUAGUAAAUGAUGUGGAGGUAAUGAUUUACAUUAAUUUCAAUUAAUGCGGACUGCAUCUUAAAACCAUUGGAAAAGGGCAUUUUUAAGUAUGUAAUCUAGUCAAAUGAGAUUUUCAUUAUCUAAAGAAAGCUUUGCUGUGAAAACUCAUAGCUCAUGUUUAAAUGUGUAUAUAUAACCAUAAAUGUUUUGUGUAUCAAUACUUAAUACUCAAAUGUGCAAUUAUUUACUUACUCAUGCUGCAUAUAUGUACUUAACUAAAUAUAUAUAUGCAUGUCUUUGUGUCAGACCUUCUAUAUACAUUCAUUUUUCAGCAUAAUGUAUAUUUAUAUGCAUAAUUAUAUAUGUAUGCAUAUAUUAUAUGCUUUGAAACAUGAAAAUGCGCUCCUUCGUGCGUAUAUCGAUCGUGAGUAUUAAACAUGCUCACGAUUUAAUAAAAUAAUUUCAUUUGUGACUUCCUUGAGAUGAUAUACGAAAGCAAAAUAAAAUCCUCAAAAGUUUUUGAACUUAAAUUUCUUAAUGAGAUGAACAGCAAAGAUUAAACGACAAAUUUUUUUCAGAGAGGUGGCAAUAUGUGAUUUCGCAAUUCUCUUGGUUAAUGACUACAAUUUCGCAUUGCAGAAAUAUUGUUAUCUAUGAAUUGUAUAAUCUGAUUAUUGGCAGGACGCAGAUAAGCGAUGCCAUAAUAAUCUCAACGGUGCCUAUCCAUCUCUGCCGUAUUCUGAAAUGUAUUCGAAUUUAAGAUAUUUUUCACGACUUUCAAGCUAAAGAUGUGGCGCCAUCUGUUGAAGCUUUGUAUUACUAUAUGUUAUCAGCUUUUUAUGUAACAGAACGUUGAACAACAACGUAAAUGCGGAUCAAUGAAUGUAUUAUGUGUCUAUCCCAUGAUUAUUAUAGUCAAUGGCUUGAUUGUGUAGAAUGAAAAUUUAAAAAAUGUUUGUAUCAUUUUAAAGAUAAUAUAUCUGUCAUUUCAAUUGUUGUAUUCGCACCUUAGUAUUAAAUUUACUGCUCAGAGGUUAAUUAUUGUUAUUGUUUUCAAAAUUUUAUGUAGAUAGUUUGAAUUCAAGGCUUAAAAGUCUGUGAAAAUCAAAAAUGUUUGAUGUCAGAGUUGUUGAUAAGCUUUGUUGUUGCAUCUGUUUGUAGUAGAGCACAUUUUGUACUUAACUGUUUUUCUUUAUACUUUGAUAGUUUCUGUGGAAAUAUUUUAUGACAGUGACAUUAUAUUAACUAUAUGUUCCAUCUCGUUAUACAUGCUACUGUUCAUAAUAUCUGGUAUCGGUGUUUUGUAACAGCUUUUUAUGUAAUUGUUAAUAUAAUUUAAGGAUAACUUACGGACAACAAU